AGCGCAACCGACCCCGGAAGCGGCGGGGGCGGCGGGGCUGGGCCGGCCGGCAGGGGGCGGCGGCGCCGGGCAUGGUAACGGGCGGGCGGGCCGAGCUCCGCCGCGGCGCCGCCAUGAUGAUCCACGGCUUCCAGAGCAGCCACCAGGACUUCGCCUUCGGGCCCUGGAAGCUCACGGCCGCCAAGACGCACAUCAUGAAGUCGGCGGACGCCGAGAAGUUGGCCAAUGAGCUGCACAUGCCGUCGCUGCCGGAGAUGAUGUUUGGGGACAACGUCCUCAGGAUCCUGCACUGCUCUGGCUUUGGGAUCGAGUUCAACGCCACGGACGCGCUGAGGUGUGUCAACAACUUCCAGGGCAUGCUGAAGGUGGCGUGCGCCGAGGAGUGGCAGGAGAGCAGGACGGAGGGUGAGCACUCCAAGGAGGUACUGAAGCCGUACGACUGGACCUACACGACGGACUACAAGGGCACGCUCCUCGGGGAGUCCCUGAAGCUGAAGGUCGUGCCGACAACAGACCACAUCGACACGGAGAAGCUGAAAGCCCGCGAGCAGAUCAAGUUCUUCGAGGAGGUUCUCCUGUUUGAGGACGAGCUGCACGACCACGGAGUGUCCAGCCUCACCGUGAAGAUCCGAGUGAUGCCGUCCAGCUUCUUCCUGCUGCUGAGGUUCUUCCUGCGCAUCGACGGGGUGCUCAUCCGGAUGAACGACACCCGGCUGUACCACGAGGCGGACCAGACGUACAUGCUGCGGGAAUACACUUCCCGGGAGAGCAAAAUCGCCAACUUAAUGCAUGUGCCGCCCGCCCUGUUCACAGAGCCCAACGAGAUCUCGCAGUACCUGCCCGUCAAGGAGGCCGUGUGCGAGAAGCUGCUUUUCCCGGACAGGAUCGACUCGAACCCCGCCGACGCGCAGGACAAGCCCCUGCUCAAGUAGCGGACUGGAAUGUGUAUGAGUCGUACCUCACCUCACCUCCCGAUCGUUUCCAAUUAUUUUCCAUGCAGAUUUGAACAAAACAGAUGCAAUUUAUAAAAAUUUCUAAGACAGGAAGAAAAACUUGUAAGACUAUUCAUUAGCUGAAGUUCGUAGGCCACUUCUAUUCAGAUGUCUUAGUGCCUGAGUCACUCUUAGGUGACUGUGAAACGUGGUAGAGAUUUAAAUUUUUUUUUUUUAAAUUGCGGACGGGAGGUAGGUAAGUUGAGUGUAUUCCCGGGAACUUUGUUAUCUUCUUGUGGGGGAAGAAGCCAAGAGAAGCCGUGUCUGACCAUUGCUACAGAAGCUAUCUGCCAUUUUAUAUUUAUUUGUUCCUAGCGUCUUUUUUGUAAAAGGGAAUAAACAAGGAAGUGCUCAUUUUGUUUCGCUA